CGAUGCUUUGUUCCGGAAAGAGCCGGACGUCAACGACAUGCAGCGAUCGCGGCGCGUGCUGGUGAGGAGCUCGGGGGGUAUGCCAGAGGAACAGACGAACUGGAGAACAUCGUUUUUCGAUAUUCAGGUUCAGGAUGAGGAGCGCCGUGCGUUGAGGGAUGGGGCAAGUGUAGCCGGUAGCGACAUGCAUGCCGCCGAACGACCUAUUCUAGCACCGAGCCACGAGCAAAUACCAGUGCGCAAGCCGAGUCGCGCGCGGAGGAGACUUAGCAAGAAGCAUCGAAGGCCUGCUUGA